CAUAGGAGGCGUACCUUACGAUAGGUAUGUAGGAAUGGUAUGAUCCUUCAUUCCUUUCUUUGGAGCUUCGUAUCGUAUGUAUACUUCCUUUCAAUACGUAAGUAUCCAUUGCAACAGGGUUAAAUAUAAUAUUAAGAUUUUUUUAUUAUACUGUUUCCUUUCUACUUCUUAUCCUCCCCUACUAAUAUUAAAGAAAAGAUAAAAAUAGUGAUAUACUAGUAGUACUGUAUAUAUUAACUGURCUCAAACCUCAACAAGAGGAGCAAGUUAAAUAGCUGAUAGGAGGAGUGUCAUCAUUGUGAUGAGUGUUGUUAGUACUAGGAUGAUUGACAACAACAAGAAUUACCUUCACGACUUGUUGUUGCUGUGCUGCUGGUGGUGUUCUUUUUCAUAGAACUUUCCUUGUGUGUGAUUGUGUGGGUACUUCUCACCAAUCAUUACRAUGCAAUACUCUAGCAGUCCAGUCAUCUUGUGGCCCACUGCCUUAUAAGACAUACAUGUUUUAUGUACUACAGCCUACACGCUUGAUAUUUUAGAUAUUUUCUUUGUGUAGUAAUUGCAUCUUGCAUGGUACUCGUACUACCUACUCAUACGUACCUAGGAGCAGAAAGCGCUGAAUACUGAAUACGAUUUGCGAUUAACACUUGGAACGCAACGUACGUGUAUCUUCUAACCUAACCGUGUGUCCUCACCGUCCUUCAUCGUCCGCCUUCGAUGACCUCAUGGCCGUCAACUUAGAAACAAAAUUGCGAGUACAGCAAUACAGUGGCGUUGUACUGUUUUAAUUUACUACUAGAAAUAAUAACGACGAAAUAACGGAGUCGAAAGUCAUCAUUUCAUAUUUGCGCGCACCAAAAAAUGAAAUUUAGUAGAAGUACCCUACCAUUACAACAGGUACUUGUACCGGUACKAGUAUCUACGGAAAUUCGUCCUUAAAUUAAUUAGUGGAAACCCGUACGAACGGCAGAUCCUCUACACGGCAACCAAAAACCGAAAACAACGAUUAUGGGACACGAGAAAAAACCGAGGUCGUCGUCGACACAAUGUCUUGGUUAUUUUCAUCGGUUGUUCUCAUUGCGCAAUAGGAUAGAAUCAUCUGUWAUUUUUUUUGACAGCAAAAUAUUGAAAACUACAACAAAAUGAUGGUAUUCAAGAAGGUKUUCCUAAAGGUUUUGCUCGUGGUUUGCCUGAUCGCCGCCACCGGGAUUGUUGUUGCUGACGACGAGGCGUCUCCCCCGCCGAAAGAUGAUGCGAAGGCGCAGUCCGAAACGAAGACCGACAACCGACAGGCACGCCCACUUGCCAAGGAAAUUCCGCAAGAUACCUUCGACGUCAAGUCUCACUUCAAUUGGGGGACMUAUUACGAUCCCAAGAACGUCUUUUGCGGCAAAUACGAUUGCUAUGGCAUCCUAGGGUUUGACUAUGAGAGCUUCGACAAGGAAAAACCGACGCAGAAAAUGAUCACGAAGCGGUACCGAGCCCUCUCAAGGCACUGGCAUCCCGACAAGUCCAAGCACCCCGAAGCAAAGGAACGGUUCCAGGUACGUUGUGUUUUUGGAGGAGAAAGUCGCGAGAGCAAUGCCAUGUGAUGGCAUGUAWAGGAAUGAUAAUUUGGCAAACGCGGUGACAACCGAAGAAUAGAUUGUUGAAAGACAGAAGCCUGGGUGCAGAGGUUGCUCCAAACAAGCUGAAGAUCAAUUCUCUGCGAUGCUUGUUGCUAGAAUUUUUAUUCUACUUUACAAUCACCUUUUUGGGGUUGGCUUGGACCUUUUGAUCCUAGUCCAUCAUCAAAAUAUACGCAAAGAAGCUACAAGGCAUCGCUUCCACUGAAAUUGAUUCCUGCAAUUUGUUUCCCUGGAAGCCAUUCAAUAUCGGAUUCAUACCAGGCAACAAAGCGAAGCAGGGAAUGGCACCAGAGGUGUCUUGCUGCAUAGAUCCAAGACAUCCCGAAUUGCCAACGAUCUUCGUUAGCCACAAUCCUCUCGUUAAAUGCCGUUCACGCCAAARAGCGCACAGCGGUGUUUUCAUCUCUCUAACUUUCUCCUUUCCCCUCACAUGUACCUUUGCUCGUUGUCGUUUCAUUUUUUUCCUAGAAAAUUGCCCGUGCCUACGAAGUCUUGACUUCGUCGAAAUCGCGCAAAGAAUACGAUGACUUGCGAUACGAUCAAGACAGCUACCUGAAGAAGUAUGGAUCAGACGUCGUCUUUACGUUUGCGCCGCAAACCGAUACCGCAUUUGUCAUCAUUUUGAUCAUGGGACUUAUCAAUGGCUUUGUCUAUUUCGCUCAGUUCAACCGUUGGAAGAAGGUAUGCGACCGCCUCGCAAAGGCCGCCAUCGAGGACUGGAAUUCUUCCCAGGGUGGAUCGCCAGAAUCGAAGGAUCUUCGGGAACGUGCUCUUGAAAUCUAUGCCAAAGAGAAGGGUGACUCGAAAGACGACACCGUUGYGACAAAGAAGGGCGGAAAGAAGGGAUCCAAGGUAAGCAACAAGGAGAAGAAGGAGCUGGAAAACGCAGCCCUUCGUCCCAUUGUCGAGAAACUUGCCUAUGAAAUCACCGACUUUGGCGCCGGGUUUCACAAGCCGACUUGGAAGGACCUUGCGAUUUUGAAGCUUGCUGUCUGGCCSUACCAUUUGGCUGUCGGAACCGCCUGGCAGAUGAAAUUCUGGAUUCGUCGGAUACAAAAACUCGACCUAAACGAUGAGGAAAAGAACGUUCUGACUGAACGUGCUGUCGGACGCGUCAUUUGGGAGUUUUCCACCGAUGAUGAAAGAGAGACCAUGGUGAAGCGAGAAUUGUGGGACCUUUCGAACCUUAAGGAAUGGAACGAGGAACGUGAAUUCGCACAGCUAUCCAAGACCGAACAAAAGCAGUACAAGCUAUGGAAGAAACACGAAAAGAUGAACUAAAGCGGCUGAACUUUAGCGCACGCAGUGCAUCGCGGCAAAWUGUUACACGAGUGUUCUCUGAUUGUUGUCAAUGACAACUUGAAAAAAAAACGGCCAACAAACGACAAAAAUCUGGACAACACGUUGUGGUGGGAAAACACUUAUGUGGUUGAUGAGAUUGAAUCAUACACGAUAAAGCAGAUAAACUUUU